AAUAAACGUAGCCAUAAAUUACCAAGGUUUGCCGCUAGCCCUUGGCGCCGGGGAAUUCCCAUUUUCUUCGCUCUUUUGACGCUCAAAGUGGAGAAAUCUCAAAUUGCAUCUCUCUCUUGUCCCUGAACGUAGGUUAUUUAUCUCCAUCGAUGCCGCCGGAGGUUGCACUGCAUUUGCAAGACGAUGAGCUCCUCGACGUCCUCACGAAGACCGGCGAGAAGACUGGGGUCUCCAAGCCAAGGGGACUUGUGCACAGGGACGGAGACUACCACCGGGCUGUUCACGUUUGGAUAUACGCGGAGAGCACGCAGGAGCUGCUCCUUCAGCGUCGCGCUGAUUGCAAGGACUCCUGGCCUGGACUGUGGGAUAUCUCCAGCGCCGGUCAUAUCUCUGCUGGUGACUCCUCACUCCUCACCGCUAGGUAGUUAGGCACCUCUGUCCUGCAAUUUU